AUGAGAAAACGUAUGGAAAGAAUAGUUGUUCCAUGCUCUUUCAGCUGUGCUUCCCAUUCAAGUGUGGAAUUAGGUGCACCCAAAGGACCAAAACAAGAUUCAAAAGCCACUAUUGUUGCAAGACAAGAUAGAUCGAUCAUCAGAGCCAACAUGAAGAGAAGCAAGCCUUCUGGGUUUCUGGUUCUGCCAAAGCCUAAUGUAGCUGCUGGCAUACAGAGAAUAAUCAAGGGCAUCAAGAAUUUGUCUCAAUUAUUUUUUUACAAAGAGGAAGUGGAGGAAAUGGAACCUGAGAUGGAAAUUGGGUAUCCAACAGAUGUGAAGCAUGUGACACACAUUGGAAUUGAUGGGUCAACCAUUACAAAUAAUGUCAAGGGUUGGGACAAUCUGAAGGCACCAGAACUGUUGUCUCUCUCUCCAAUUUCAUUCAAGCAAUUUGAAUUGGCCAUGGCUACACAAGCUCAAUGUUCUCUCAUGGAUGAUCCUAAUUCCUCAAAAUGUGGUUAA